CUAUGUGUGCAGGAGCCAUGGCCCCCGAGCCUGCAGCUGCGGCUUGGGACCGAGCUUCAGCGCCUUCAUCAUGACACCCUAGGCUCGCAGACAGCCGCACGGCAGCGUCCGCAUCCACUGAGUGUUGGGGAGCCCAAGAAAGCAAGAUGGCUCCCUUGUAGGAAUCGGAUACGCUACCCGCGACCGAGCCGAGGCUGCGCUGUCGGGUGAAGAGAAGGUCCACUCAGGGGGAACCUCUGCCAAUGGCACACAGUCAGACCAGAUGGAGGACCCACAUUUGGUGUCGGAAAAAGUUCAGAGUUCACAGGAUGACAUCACAACGCUUCUGGAGAAGGGGCUGCAAGAGGGAGUUCUCCAAGAUCCACCCCUUCUUCAGCUCAUCAAUAAGACUUCACCCAGGCAGACCCUGAAAUUUAAGUGUCAGGGAACAAAUGGUAGAAUGGGCUCCCCAUCACCUCCUAUGUACCUUAAAUGCAGGCCCAGGGCAGAACCAGAAACCUUCCCAGAUGAGCCCCUUCCUCUUAAAAAGCCCAAGUUGGAGCAGCCCUGGCCAUCAACCAAAGAUCAGAUUCUGGCACACUUAGAAAAUGAUGGGGACUACAAGGAUGCAUUAUCUACCUUAGCUGCUGUAGUUUGUUUCUCAGUUUCUGAUAGGAAAUUGGUGGACGAUAGCCCUAGUAGCGUUCAUCCUCUGAAAUUGGGACCUUCAAAAGUUGAGGACAAGGAAAUCACGGACUGUGCAAUCCAGAAAAGAUCUAAUGUAUGUCCUCCUGGUGCGACCGCCCCUAUCUGUUGGGACACGUCAGAAGUCUCUCUGCCCACCCUCCAGGCUCUGGUCAAGGAGAGGAACCUCAGCACAGAGCAGGCCAUUGCAAUUGAGGCCCUGACUCAGCUAGCCAUCACACCACUGUCAAUGACUCCACAAGCUAACAUCAAUCGCGAUGCAGGCUGUAGGCCGGAUUCAAGUUUGACCUACAGCAAUGGCAUGCUUCCUCAGACUACACAGUCCGUAUCAGAUUCUGCUUCGAAUAAAGUUCCAGUUAUUAGUUCAACAAUUUACCAAACUUCAGUCAUCCAUUCCCUUAUCAAAAGCUCUCACAGUGCAGGUCCAGUAAAGAAGUUGUCUUGGCUAGAUUUGUUGGAAGCCAGCUCCAAGGCAGACAAGAUGUUCAGCUGUGAAAAAUAUGUCCAUGACCCCAAGAGAGAGACAAAUCAUAGGGAGGAACAUGCACUUUCCAAAGCAGAGAUGUCCAAAGGCACUUUAGAAGGUAACUGGAGACAAAAACAGUCUGUGCCCAUGCACAAAGGUGUAUGGAAAAAAGACGAGGAAGAGGUGGCUGCACAACUGGCUCAACUUGCUUUCAUCAUCGAAUCCCGUCGGGAACAAAACAGGCCAGACCCUUCAGUGCAGCAGAGAUUUCAGACCGCCUCGCAAAAGAAAUCCAAAACAACCCUUUCCAAGUCCAGAGCACUGAAGAAAUCUCUGGAGAAGGCUGUAGACUCCUGGGGAGAGCAAGAGAAAUAUCAUGGCGCUCCUCUUCAUAAAAGGACACCAAAUGGCAAGACACCUCACAAAAUAAAGAUCCAGAAAUUUCUACAGCAACAGAAGUCAAUGGCCCAUCACAAGAAAAUCCUGUUCCCCCCACUGGCCCAAAUUGACCUGAAGAAGUGUCUCACGCAAGGAUAUAAAGAACAGCAUCGCACUUUCCCGUGUAGCUACUCCCUCCCUAGUCUUGACACGGAGCAUUUAAAGCACCAGCCUCUUGCAGGUCUUGAGGCCAAGAAAAGGGACAGUGGCAGUGCCACUGACUUCAUGAUUCCAUCACAUUCUCUUGGACAUUGCCAAGAGACGUACAGUGACAGACUUUGCACUCAGAGUACUCUACAGAAUCCCUCCCAACGAAGGAAUCACUGUGGUUUGAUUCCUCAGGCACAGCCUCCCUUAGCGUCAACUUGUCGCAGUCUUGGCAUGGGCAACAGCAUAGCGUCCCAGAAAAGACCCCCUGCUAUCGAGGGUUUUUGCAAGGUGGAGAAAUCCGGUCCCAUCACUGUUCUAUCCACAUCGACUGGUGACGCUGCGGGACACGAAUCGAAUUUGACUGGGGAAUAUUCACCCAACAAGAACACCCUCAAGAGCUUCCUGGAAUCGCCUCUUAAGUUCCUAGACACCCCAACCAAAAACUUAAUCAAUGCCCCUACCAAAAAAUGCACAGAUAUCCCACCUUGUGACUGUGUAGAACAAAUAAUCGAGAAAGAAGAAGGGCCUUAUUACACUCACCUAGGAUCCGGUCCUACAGUCGCUGCUGUCCGAGAAAUGAUGGAAAACAGGUAUGGAGAGAAGGGCAAGGCGGUGCGGAUGGAGGUGGUGGUGUACAGUGGGAAGGAGGGACGGAGCUCUCAGGGCUGCCCCAUCGCCAAAUGGGUCAUCCGCAGGGCCAGUGAGGAGGAGAAGCUGCUGUGUCUGGUCCGUCAGCGUGCGGGUCACUGCUGUCAGAACGCCGUGCUGGUCAUCCUCAUCCUAGCAUGGGAGGGGAUCCCCCGCACAGUGGCUGACCGGCUGUACCAAGAACUCACUCAGACCCUCUGCAAAUUCGGUUCGCCCACCAGCCGUCGCUGUGCUCUAAAUGAGGACCGUACAUGUGCCUGCCAGGGCCUGGACCCAGACACUUGCGGUGCUUCCUUCUCCUUUGGGUGUUCCUGGAGCAUGUACUUCAACGGUUGCAAGUUUGCCCGCAGCAAGGUGCCCAGGAAGUUCCGACUGCAGGGCGACUGCCCGUCGGAGGAGGAGAAGUUAGAGAGUAACCUCCAGAACUUGGCGACGGAUCUUGCGCCUGUCUACAAGAAGCUCGCCCCAGAGGCUUUUCAGAACCAGGUGGAGCAGGAACGCUUGGGCCCAGACUGCCGACUUGGCUUGAGUGAGGGACGUCCGUUCUCAGGGGUGACCGCCUGUAUGGACUUCUGCGCCCACGCCCACAGGGACACGCACAACAUGAGCAAUGGAAGCACUGUGGUAUGCACUUUAACCAAGGAGGACAACCGUGCCGUGCGCAGCGUGCCAGAAGACGAGCAACUCCAUGUGCUUCCCCUUUACAAGAUCUCCGACACCGAUGAAUUCGGAUGCCAGGAGGGCCAGUGGGCCAAGGUGGAGACGGGCGCCCUGCAGGUGCUCUCUGCUUUCCCUAGAGAGGUGCGCAUGCUGCCAGAGCCCGUCAAGUCAGGCCGCAGAAGGAAGCUGGAGGCUAAGAAGACCCCGAUCGACAGGAAGCAUGGCAACCCAGCCAAGAUGAGGAACCAGACCAACCAGAGCUCCAAUCAUGGAACAGUGCCCCGCCCAGGCGUGGAAGCUCCUUCCCUUCAACCAGCCCUCUCUGUCCCUUCAUAUGGAUACCUGGGUUUCCCAGGGAACCAAAGCGUUACUCCACUCCUGAAAAACAACACCGUGGACCCCACAAUCCACAGCUACUCUUCUGAGUUCGCAGAGCAGAAAAUGAUCGUAAACCACCGACUUGGGACCCCAGUGCACGCCCAUCCCCAUGAGGUCCAUGACUGUCCCUACACCUACAAAGAAGAGGUCUCGGAUGUGCUCGUCACCCCUGGCCAGCUCAGUGCAAGCAAGCCAGAGCAGAUUGCCGCAAAAACCCCGGAGGCCCUCAGAAGCAAUAAGAGGCCCUCAGAAGCAAGCAGAUUUCAAAGAACCCAAGCUGUAAAAGAGAACCACGGGGACCCAGCAGAGGUCACAAAGGCACCCAAGACAUCUGGUGAGGUUUGGUCAGAUAGCGAGCACAACUUCCUGGAUGAAGACAUCGGCGGUGUGGCAGUGGCCCCUUCCCAUGGCUCCAUCCUGAUUGAGUGUGCCCGGCGAGAACUGCACGCCACAACGCCCAUCAGAAAACCCAACCGUAACCAUCCCACGCGCAUCUCGCUCGUCUUCUACCAGCACAAGAGCCUGAAUGAGCCGAGCCACGGCCUGGCCUUGUGGGAAGCCAAAAUGGCAGAACGAGCUCGCGAACGGGAGGAGACGAACCAGCUCGGGCGCACGGUGGGCGGUGUGGCCCAAGAGAGAGGACCCGUUAGCCCGGCUAGGUUGAAGGCUAAGAGGGCCAAGACUGAUGGCUCUAAGGUCAGGGUUGACAAAAAGGAGGAGCUUUUCCCCGGAGAGCGAGAGGUGCUGCAGAUUCCCACCCGACGGGCCCUGGCCGUCAGCCGGGACAGGGUGUUCACCGUGUCCUCCUACGCCCUCACCCAGGUCACAGGCCCCUACAACCGUUGGGUGUGAAUUCCUAGUCCAGGUGCCUUACUUCAGCUAUACAUGUGUACUGUGUCUGUUUUCUACACGUCUACUUUUUAGCAUUUCAUCUCAGUACCAGAAAGAGGGGUUUUUCGAAGGGGUUUUUUUCCUUUUUUUUUUACUGUGAUUCUUGGUAUGUGCAGAUGUGUGUAGACAUAUACAUAUAUACGUAACUCGUCUGUGGUUUUGUAAAGAGAAUGGUGCUGAAGAUAGAUUUUAAAGAUGUUUCAAACUGGUUUUAUAUACGGAUUGACUAAGAACAUGCAAAUUAUUUAUUCUGGUCACGGUCAAAGCUAUUUUGUAAUUUAAUUUCUGGUGCAAGCCUGUUUACUGCAACUGUGCUUCACAUGAACUUAGAUUUUAAAGAGUAAACACUCUGCAUUUACAUAGAAAAUAGUUAAUUGUAAUACGGUUUGUUUCUACUUAUAUUUUGCGUUCAUGUGCUUUAAAACUAGCCUCUGGUGCUCUUUUUUGUAAGUUUCACAAAUAUGGAGUUAUUUUAUGGUGCCAUUGUAGUAGUCACUUCUGGUAAGCAAAAGAAAAACGAGUGAAAAAGAAAAACGGAACUGUAAAAAUACUGUAUUUUCGUUGCCGUACGUAGCCUCCUAUAGCAUCGUGCUUAAUUGUUUAUGCUUAAAUAUUUGUGACAUGAACAAUGAAGGAACAUACAUAUUUCUUAUUGUUGGAAUAGAAGGCAUUUGAUUAUUUCCAGUAUACAAAUACGAGUUGAAAGGCACUUUUCGUUUUAAAAAUUAACUUGAAUGGAACCAGCUCAACUUCACAUGUAUCCUGAGAAAGAUGGGUUAUUUUGUGCGCUGUGUCCUCAUAGUGUCUCUUACUCGGUUUUUGAGUCAGUCCUGUUGGUUGUUCUGUGUCUUGCUAAUGGUUACUUAGACUCUAGCAUCGUGAAGCAAUAAUCUGUGCUUGUUUAGCGAUUUUGUCAGCUAGAAAACCUUCCCGACCUGUCGCUCACGUAAAAUUGAUGAUCGUAUUUCAAGCCUCUAUUAACAUCCCAAAUAUUGAGUGGGAAACCAAGUUUAGUGUCCACGUGUUAAGCACUGCUACAGUGUACACUAAGACAAUCAGACAUUGGGAAUUUCUAUUUUUACUUACUUCAUAGAAACGAAACUGACCCGUAGUGUUGGAUGUGUUAUUUGAGCGUUUUAGUAAUAUUCUAAACGAUCUCAAAUUCUCGUUACUUCA